CCGACGCCAAGAUGAACGACACAGUCACUGUCAGGACCAGAAAGUUUAUGACAAACCGGCUGCUUCAGAGGAAGCAAAUGAUUGUCGAUGUCCUGCAUCCGGGCAAAGCAACAGUCCCUAAGACAGAGAUCAGGGAAAAGCUUGCAAAAAUGUACAAAACCACCCCUGAUGUGGUGUUCGUCUUUGGCUUCAAAACACAGUUUGGUGGUGGCAAGACAACAGGGUUCGGCAUGAUCUACGAUUCUUUGGACUACGCCAAGAAGAAUGAGCCCAAAUACAGGCUGCAGAGGGUAUGCCAUUCACUGAUGCUUAUAGUGCUGCAUGAUUAAUAUAUAAAGUUGAAGUAUUAAGGUACCACCUUUCACAUCAUUGUCUUAGACUGAGAAAACAGACUUGUGAGUUCUCUUUUUUUUUCUGUCUGUUUUAAUUGCUUUCUAAAGCAAGUUCUUCAAACAUUUAAGAGAGAGUUUAUCUAUAAAUUAAAACCCAUUAACUCACCCUUAACAUGUUUCAAACCUUUUAGUUUUGUUCUGAUGAACCCAAAAUUUGUUUUGAAGAUAGCUUAAACCCUGUAACAUUGUUUUCUGUAAGAGGUAAAACUAAUACUAUGGAAGUCAGGGGUUUCUGGUUUUCAGCAUUAUUAAAAAAAUCAUUGGUUUAAAAAGAACCUCAAAGCUGAAAGGAGUAAAUAAUGAGUAAAUGAUUACUUAUUUUUAGGUGAACUAUCCCUUUGAAGUUUGGAGAACUUAAUUAUUUUACAAAACAUUGUAAAAUUCAUUUAAAUAACUAAUUUAAAGAUAAAAUGUAGACUGAAAAUAUUAUUGUUAAUGUUGUGUAAAGUCGCAGUAGAGUGUGGCAUCUUAUGGCUGUUAUAGCAUCCAAAGGAAAUUUGUGCCAAAAGUCAAGUUUGACAAUUUAAGCACGAAUUAUAAAAACACAAAGGCUGUUAUGUCGUAUGUGUUGCUGUGUGCCAGACUGUAGCGUGGCAAUUUGUGCUUUAAUGUAAAUUUGGGAGCACAAUAUUACAACCAGUUUCCUAAAUUUGUAACAAGAUUCGUAUAAACCAUUUUCUGCCAGCAAAACAAAAUUCUGUUUAUGACAAAAAAUACAUUUAGAAGUAAUAGUAAUUUCACUUAUGGUUGAUCACAAUUGUGUGGCUCCAUAAAUAUUACACAGCAAACCAUUAUCAGAGAAGAAAAUGAAGGAACGUUGAUUUUUAUCAAAUUUUAGAAUGUUCAGGGUUUUUUUUUCUGACAAAUUAAGCAGACGUUUUUAGCAAUCGACAAGGUUUUUAUUUUUAUAUAUAUAUAUAUAUAUAUAUAUAUUUUUUUUUUUUUUGAAAAUUGAGUGGACCUUUUUACUAUUAUUCCCAUUUCUACUGUUAAAAUUACUGUCGAGUGCCCAAUUGCAUUUUCUAAAAAAAUACAUAUUUAUGUUUUGCAGCUCUUCAUCAAACUGCUAGGUUUUGCCCAUUUGUCAGCCUGAUGCUUCCACUAAUGUUUUAAUAAUUUAUCGGAGAAAUUGAAAAUGUAAUAUUCUACUAUUAUUUUCUCACUGCCCCAACUUGUUUUAAACCUGUUUAAGAUUUACACCUAUUGAAAUCAAAGAUAUAGUGAA